UGCGUGAGCGCAGUGAGCCGCGAGAUCCGGCGCGAAGUACGCGUCGCCAUCUUGGAUAUUACCAACUUUUGACGGACCAGUGCACAUUUCUACAAUACUAUUGGAAACCUUUCUAUCCAUUGUUUAUUGCAAUACUUUUGUGUACAAAGUGGGUUGUUACAAAAAGUGUCUAGUGCAAAAAAGUGAUUUAAAACUUAGUGUGUUCAAGUUAAUUCAUAAUUACCUGUGUCUGGUGUAAGUCCAUCAAUAAACUUUCUAAUUAGAUCCGUCCAGCGAAUGUCGUCAAAAGUGAAGUGACCGUGUUUUAAAGAAAGUGAACCAGUUCUAAAUGGGUUGAGUGAAGUGAUGUUUCAGUUGAGUGAUUUAACUUCACAAAUGAAGCGGCGUAAGCCGUUCUAUAGGUCCAUCUCAGCCGUACAGUGAAGCAGAGACAAUGUUCGUCACAGUCAUUUGGUUGCUUACAGGAUGUGUUGCACUUGCGUCACCACAACUGCCGUUCAACCUACCUUCCCUCACUCAUGUGGAACGGAAUUGGUACGCCUUACCCACGGACCCUAUAGGGUCUGUGGUAACCAGGGUCCAUAGGGAGAGGAACGCGGGCCCUGUCACCUUCGAGCUGGAGACCACUGGGCCACCAAUCCCUUUUAGCAUCGACAGGCAUUCAGGAGUUGUGACUGUUAACGACACGCUGUCUGAUAAGGAAAACCGGUCCUACCUUCUUUGGGUCAAAACCUUAGAUGAAAGUGGUUCCAUACCGCAAAGGAUCGAGGUGCUUGCAACAAUCGCUGACCCAGGUUCGGGAUUGAAGCCACCAAAACUAGCGUUUGGUUUCCCCGGGUUCCCCAACAUACCACUAAAUCCAACAAAGCAAACAGUUCCAAUAUUCAGCACAACCAAAGUUACAGAGAAAGUUACCGAGGAGGUGACAGUACCUGAGUUAACUGCAGUCACUACUUUAAGUCCACCGAAAACACCUGACGACAUUCCUGAAGAGGUUCCGGUACACAUUACAAAACCUGAUGUUAUAAAUAUUGGAAACAAAUCGGAAACCGAUGAACAGAGACCAACAAAUGACGUGCCUCUAACUGUGAUACCUCUGAUAGCUAUUGGUGGUCUAGUCGUUAUUGUCGCUGCUGUCAUACUCUUUGUUUGGAGGAAGAAUACUACUCUAAAAUCGAGUAGUAAAAAGGAUGACAUGAGCAAAGAUUCAAGUGGUAUCGUCCUACAAGAUACGUCCGCUAACAUGUGGGAUCGUCCCCGUGCUUACUCCAACAGAUACGAGUCAUGGGACAACAGUCAUUUACAGUUUGAAAAUGGAAUUGAUAAUCUGGCUGAUGAGACGUCCAUCGCCAAAGAGAAACACGACGAAUGGGAGUUCCCUAGACAUCGGUUGAGAAUCUUCAACAUAGUUGGUGAAGGAGCCUUUGGACAAGUGUGGCGAGCACAAGCUAUUGAUAUUGAUGGCAAGAAAGGCGAGCAAACGGUUGCUGUAAAGACUUUAAAAGAGAAUGCUACAGAGAAGGAGAAGACUGAUUUGUUACAAGAGCUGGUGGUGAUGAAGAACCUCGGACACCAUCCGAAUGUAGUCCGUCUCAUAGCCUGCUGCACUGAGAAGGAGCCAACCCUUGUGAUCAUGGAGUUCGUGAGCCUGGGCAAGCUCCAACAGUUCCUAAGAGACUCCCGGGCUGGGAGGCACUACGGGAACACCCACGCUGGCAGCCAGUACCUCACCUCGCGAGACCUGACACACUUCGCCUUCCAAGUCGCUAGGGGCAUGGACUUCCUUAGCUCGAAAGGGAUAAUUCACAGAGACUUAGCCGCUAGGAAUGUUUUAAUCACAGAAGAAAGAACUUGCAAAGUCGCUGACUUCGGAUUUGCGAGAGACGUCGGAGGCACACAUGUCUAUGAGAGGAAGAGCGAUGGACGCUUACCUAUCAGAUGGAUGGCGCCAGAGUCGUUGUACGAUGAUAUAUUCAGCGUAAAGUCAGAUAUAUGGAGUUUCGGCGUGCUUCUCUGGGAGAUUGUCACUCUGGGAUCUACGCCGUAUCCUGGGUUAUCUGCUAGUGACGUCAUGAGAAAGGUACGAGAGGGCCACAGACUAGAAAAGCCAGAGCAUUGUCGACGAGAGCUCUACAACAUCAUGUUCUACUGCUGGGAGGUGGACCCUACCAACAGACCAGAUUUCAAAGAAGUGGUUGCCAUGCUUGAACGUUUACUAUGCACUGAGACUGACUAUAUAGAACUUGAAAGGUUCCCCGAUCAUUCUUAUUACAAUUUACAGCCUAUAGAAGGAGAAAAAGUGUAGUGAAAGAUUAGGAUAGGUAGGUGUUAAAAUAAACACAAUUUUAUUAAGCAAACACCGUUCCAUUAACACGUUCACUGUGUAACUGAAAAUUAGAUAUUAACGCUUCACGUGCAAUGUCGUGUCGUGUCAUGUAACGUGUGUGUGUGUGUGUUGUGUGUAUUUCUCGAGGAACACAUUGGAAUUUAUGUACAUAGACACACUAUGGCAAAGAAACAUGUGCCCCACAUAUGGGGCAUGCACGUAUGUGUUUAAAAUUUAUUGUCUCAUGUGUGGUUCAUACACAGUCAACGUGUUAAAACAGUGAAAUUCUGUAGAGUCCAAAGUUGAACGUUCCUCGUUUGAUUCUCGACAUAUUUAUUUACAAUUUUGUACGAACUUUUACGCGAAUCAGUUAAACACUUUAGUAAAGCGUCCAAGAGCGGAAAGGAAAUGUGGUUAUUAAUUAUAUGUCUGCCCAAAACCGUUAUUUAAAAAAAAAUACAUUUCACUUCAUGAGAAACUAUAAAUUAACUUAAUGUAAACAAAAUAUAAACAGUUGUAAUAGGCUACUUGACACUCAGUGAAACGAUAAAUACACCUUGAGUAAUUUAAAUAAACUUAUUUCGUAAAUAACUCAAAAGAAAAAUGGAAUUUUUGGCAGCCACUUUGAUACAAUGUUUAAAGGGUGAAUCUCAAAAUUUCAAGUUUGGUGGCGUUUCAUAUUAUUUUUUCCUGAAAAAUUGGGUUCCGACGUGAAAAAGUUCCAAAAGGAUCCUCGGUUCCGACAUGAAAAAGGAAUUUUUCAAUCCCCAAUUUUCCCAAUUUCCCCAAUUUUUCACGAAAAAAUUAUAUGACAGUCGCCACCAAACUUGACACAUUUUGAUAUUCACCCAAGAAAACAAAAAGGAGAGGGCAUUCACAAAAAACACAACAGUUUGCACGUAAUAUGGAGGUGCAUUGUAGUACUAAUACAUUAGGAUUAUAUUUCGCUGUUACAUUCCAAUAAUCUGAUACUUCUUAUCCUCUUCCUCCUCCUUGCGAUUGAUGAAUGUGGAGGAAGCAAGAGAAGUAUGUCAGGAUCGAAGCAAAUGGGAUUCUAUAGUCUCUGCUUACCCCGGUGGGAAAUAGGCGUGAGUUUAUGUAUGUAUGUGUAUGAUACUUCCUACUCUGCUAUUUAUGCAUUAGUAGGGUAAAUUUUUAGUACGUUAGCUUAUCAUAAUAACAUUUUUAUUACAUUUAAGUGUAAUAAAUUAUUAAAGCGAAAUUAGUUUUAAAUCGAGAUAUAAGUAUUUACGAUGUAAAACCCGCAUGAUUGUAUAUUUUGUUACUUACUUAUAACUAGUUGUAAUAUUAAUAUUAACAUUUGAGAUUAUAUUAAAAAAUGAAGAUGUAGUAAAUCGGGUUCUAAGUAGCACUAGUCUUAGAAAUAAUAAAUCAUUUUAGUACUGAGUGGUUAAAAAGACCACAACGAAGGAAUUCAUCUAAAAAGCAAUACUUACUGCAAUUUGACAUUUGCGUAUAUAAAAGUAAGUGCGUAAUAAAAACAAAUGUCAAAAAGCAAUAUUGUUUUUUUUAGAUGAAUAUCUUCGAUGCGGCUUUUUAACCUACCCUGUUUUGAAAUAUCUGUUGAACGAAAUAAAUUAGCUAGUUACUGAAUUAAUUUGUAAGUAGACGAUGCUUAGACAGCACAAACAAAAUUUUCUAGCGAUUCUUUCUCAAAACUAAUUAAAUUAUCGAUCUUUAGCACAAUCAACGUCAUAAAGGUGACUACUGCGCAAAAUUGUAUCUUUUGUGUGUGAAUCUGGGCUUUAGCCACGUUGUAGACGAUUAUAAAACACAAUAGUGUCACCAACUGUGAUGAAAUAUCUUUCUUAUUAACAUAUUUUAUCACUGUUAACGUUUGAAACUUUUCCAAAUAGUAUGCAACUUGGCUAACUCCCAGGUGUUUUUAAUGAUAUUUAAAAUUUCCACACAAAGCUCUAAACUGAUCUUUAUGUUGAUGCUUCUAAAACUCCCGUGAUUGAUGAUAGGAACAAGUCCAGAAUUAUAAUUAGGUAAGAUAAUAACAACAAUGGACGCAAAAUCUACAGCUUCGUAGACACGAAAACAAAGUCCAUGAAAAAUAUUCGUUUUUUUUACAUAAGUACUACUUCCAUUUGGACUUAAUAGAAGACAUAUUUAAAAAUAAUAAUGUAUGCGGUAAACGGAUAUUUCAAAACAGCUAUUGUAUUGUACCUACACUAAUAUAUAUUUUAGUAUUUUUUUGUAUUGUCGACAAGUUUUAAAUAAACACUGUUAAAAUUCA